AUGCAAAUCAACAAAAGAAAGGGAAAAAUGAAAAGGGACCAAACAUAUGAAGGAAGCAAAUCAACAAAAGAAAUUUGAUGCAUAGAGCACAUUUUGGGAAAAAGACAAGGACAGUCCCAAAGAGACAACCUGCUCACAAUUACUUGUUCUGUUUAUUCAAUCCCAUAUUCCAAAAGAACCACACCAAUGCCUUCCACCAACUUUACCAUAACAACCAAACCUCAACACCUCCUCUCUCUCUCUCUCUAUACACAAACACACACACAUUUUACAUGCCAUCAUUAUUCCAUUCUUUUCCUUUUCACUAGAAAAACAGAAUUCAGUGUAACAAAUUAAAAUGGCCUCUGCUUCUAAUCUUAACUCCCUGGGAAUGAGAAACACCAAUUCUUCACCAAACCACUCUUCCUCGCACAACGUUCUCAUAACCGUAACGGUUUUCGCCGUUACCGUUACUAUUUUCCUUAUUCUCUAUUUCAUCCUCCGUUACCGUUGCAUUUCCCUCCGCCGCCGUUUCUCUCCGUCAUCCUCCACAACUUCCACCUCCGGUAAUAGAGUUUCGCCGGAGAUAACUUCAUCUUCCGUCGUCGAUUCACUCCCGAUGUUCUCCUUCUCUUCUAUUACACGCCGAUCUUCCUCCGCUGCCUCCGGUGACUGCGCCGUUUGUCUGUCGAAGUUCGAGCAGCACGAUCUCCUCCGUCUCCUCCCUCUCUGCCACCACGCCUUUCAUGUAGAAUGCAUCGACACUUGGCUCCGAUCGAAUCUCACUUGUCCUCUUUGCCGAUCAGCCGUCGUUGCUUCCGAAUCGGAGCUUAUGAAGAUUUGCCAGCCAUCGUCCGCUUCUUCCGGAAACAGCUUCCGACUCGAGAUAGGGAAUGUAAGCAGCAGCCGCCGUGGAACCGCCGCAUCUAACAAUGUCGGGGAAACUGACCGGAGAUCAUACUCCGUUGGCGCGUUCGAGUAUUUUGUCGACGAGGAAGCUGAGAUUCCGUUCGGUCAAACUAAUCGGAGAAUUGUUUCCGGUGAGAAAGAUGAUGCACCGGCGAUGGCGGUGGCAGUGGAGGUUCCGGUUGUUUCUCAGGCGAAUUUGAUCGGUGAAGGUAGCUGGUUGAAGGAUUACGUUGAUAGUCUCUCGAGUUUGAUGUCGUUUAGAAAUUCUGGAAGAUUCUUCGGUGGGAGUUUUAGACGAAACGACGUCGUUGGCGUUGGAGAUUUCGAAGUUGAAACUAAUGGUUUUGGUGAAGAAAUUACAGAAAUGUUUCGAUGGAUUUCAGGUGUUUGAUUUGUAACAGUUUCAUGUAAAUAAAUAAAAAAAUAGUUAAGUCAAGAUAAAAAACAAUAGUUAGUGAGACUUUAAAAAUUAGAGAAUUUUUCUGAAAAUAUUUUGAUUUUGUGUAACAUCGUAAAUCGUAAGUAACAUGUUUGUCCAUUAAUUAGAACCUUAUCAUAGUACAGAGACUCAGAGACAUGAUUGAAUAGUUUCAAAAUCCAGCUUAA